AUGUUCACAUGUUCCCAGCUUACAGGCAGCCAUCCAGCAGAACAGGCACUCAUACCUUCAGCAAAAAGUGUUUAUUGGGCUUGCAAAAACAAUGAUUUGGAAAAGCUUCUACAUGUCUUAGUACAAGGUGUAAGUCCAAAUGUAAAAGUCAAGGAGUAUGGGAACCAAACAGGCAUGCAUGUGGCAGCAUCUUACGGCAUCCUUGCUGCCCUCCAUGUUCUGGUUCUUGCUGGUGCAACUAUAGACAUGACUGACACCCAGCUCAUGACCCCACUCAUGGUGGCUAUAACCAAAGAACAGAAUGAUGUGGUGCACUACCUUAUUCAAGCUGGGGCAUCUCUCAUGGCAAAGACUCAGGAUGGCAUGACGUGCCUUCACCUUGCUGCAAAGGGUGGGAAUCUCAUGGCUUGCCAACACAUUCUAAACUCUGGACGAUUGACUCGCCAUGCUGUUAAUAUGCAGGAUGAAGGGGGUUGGACCCCUCUUGUCUGGGCCUCAGAGAAUAAAUUUACCCAUGUUGUGAAGUAUCUCCUUGAUCGUGGAGGAAACCCUCAAUUGUGUGAUGUAGAACAGAACACUGCCUUACAUUGGGGAGCUUUCUCAGGAGCCUCGCACAUUUGCUCUAUGGUGUUGGACCGUGGGUGCUCACUCAGAUCCAUGAAUGCCCACGGAGAUACCCCCCUGCACAUUGCAGCUCGGCAAAUAAUAUCAGACACAGUUUGUACUUCUCCUGGCACAAGAGGUGCAAGGUUGGAAUGUUGUCAACAAAAAGGGACAGUGCCCUAG